AUUUCACCAUGUUAGAAUGGAAAAGGGUUUCAAUUCACCAAACCAAACUGUUAACCGAAUCGAACAAAACAUGUGAGGGUUUCUGCUGGGCUUGAAAGUAAAAUACUAAUAUAUGGAAAGCUUGAAAGAGAAAAAAAAAAAAAAAAAGUUGUUGGCCAUAUUUAUCCAAAACUGGAGGUAGGCGGGAACAUUGUGAACCGCAUCGGCGUCGAAUGGGUCAAUCAGCUUCCAGAUUCCGACGAUCUAAAGGUAAAUUCACUUCUCCGGUACUACCCGACGAAGCCGAAGAAGAUGAGCCGUACGAUUACACUUGUAACUUACCAGACGAGUGUGUAUCGUUGAUUUUCCAAUCGCUAACUUGCGGUGCCGACCGGAAACGUUGUUCACUUGUGUGUCGUCGUUGGUUAAAGAUCGAAGGACAGUGUCGUCAUCGUCUCUCUCUCAAAGCACAAUCAGAUCUCAUCUCAGCUGUUCCUUCCCUUUUUUCUAGGUUUGAUUCUGUUACUAAGUUGGUUCUUAGAAGUGACCGUAGAUCUCUUGGUAUCUCCGACGACGCAUUCGUUAUGAUUUCGGUUAGAUGUCGGAAUCUGACCCAGUUGAAGCUACGCGCUUGCCGCGAGAUCUCGGAUUUAGGAAUGGUUGCUUUCUCCAAGAAUUGUAGAGGUUUGAAGAAGGUAUCAUUUGGAUCUUGUGGGUUUGGGGUUAAAGGGAUGAAUGCUUUGUUGAAUAAUUCUUUAGGUCUAGAGGAACUGUCGGUGAAACGGUUGCGUGGAAUUAACGCUGCUGCUGAGCUUAUAGGCCCUGGACCGGGAGCAGCUGCGGGUUCGUUGAAGAUGAUUUGUUUAAAAGAGCUGCAUAAUGGUCAGUGCUUUGCUCCAUUGUUAAGCGGAGCUAAAGGUCUUCGGACUUUGAAAAUUUCCAGGUGUUCAGGGGACUGGGAUCGGGUUUUUGAGGAGGUAGGUAAUCAGGUUAAUGUCAUUGUUGAGAUACAUCUAGAGAGGAUCCAGAUGAGUGAUUUGGGUCUAACCGCAAUAUCGAAAUGUUCGGGUGUUGAGAUUUUGCACCUUGUCAAAACUCCUGAUUGUACAAAUAUUGGUCUGGCUUUGGUGGCUGAAGGGUGUAAACUUCUAAGAAAGCUUCACAUUGAUGGAUGGAAGACGAAUCGAAUCGGUGAUGACGGGCUUAUAGUAGUUGCUAAUUCCUGCUGGAAUUUGCAGGAGUUGGUUUUGAUUGGUGUGAACCCUACAAACUUAAGUUUGGAAGCCCUUGCCUCAAAUUGUCUUAACUUGGAGCGAUUGGCAUUGUGUGGAAGUGACACUGUAGGUGACACCGAGCUACGUUGUAUUGCUGAAAAAUGUUUGGCACUGAAGAAGCUUUGCGUUAAAAACUGCCCCAUUACUGAUGAUGGGAUCCAAGCAUUUGGGACCGGAUGCCCAAAUCUGGUUAAAGUGAAGGUUAAGAAGUGUAGAGGAGUGACCAAUGAAGGAGCUGAUCGCUUAAGGACAAGAAGGGCGUUGCUUGUUGUCAAUUUGGAUAUUCCAGAGACACCAAUUGCCGAGGCUAGUGCCAGUGAAGGUGGAGCACAAGUGGAUGCAGUUGACUCACCUCCAUUCAGAUUCCAAAUACCAACCCUGGGCAUUGCAUCUGGUAGCACCAGCCGGUCAACCUCGCUUAAGUCAAGACUUGGGUUUUUGAGCCGGAGAAACUUAGUUGCUUGCGCACUGACAAGGUUGGGAAGUCGUAGCAGCUCCCAGCAUGACUAGUGAUUAUGCAAAGGAUGUGGAAAUACGUUGAGACAGUAUUAACAAACGGGAGUUUGACCUUUCUUUUUAAUUUAUUUUGAAAGGUGUUUUUCGUUUUCUGUAGCAGCUGUGUCUUGUUGUCAUAUUGAUUCAGCAAUUGUUUAGAAAUUAGAAUGUUCAAGUUCAUUGUCAAAGAAAGUUUCUUCACAUCAUGUCGCCAGAAUUAAUCUGAUUCAUAUCUUAAUGACCCAGAUGGUUUGAAACACAAACAUAAGUCUAUCACACAAAAACAGAUGGUCAUCAGAUCAGCGACAUCAAUGCAACUUCGUGUAAUUUCAGAUUUUAGCUAUUACCAUCACAAAAAAAA